AUGGACCAUCGCACCUUGGAGAAUUUCUUCCGCCAAAAGGAACUCUCCAGACGGCAGGCACAUUGGCAGGAAUUUCUCGUGCAGUACGACUUUGAUAUCAAAUAUAUCAAAGGCGAGGACAAUGUUGCCGCUGACAUCCUUUCCCGCCUGCCACCCGAUGUAGAAAUCGUCGACCCCUCCGCAUGUGCUGCAAUGUUGCUUCUACGCACCGCAACACACUCCCUCUGCGACAUCCCAGAGAUGAUCGCCAUGUCCUGUGCUGCCGCUACUUGUCUCUCAAUCGCCGCAGACCCUGCAUGGCUCUUGGCGAUACGUUCGGGCUACGAACAAGACAAGUGGUGCCAGAAACUGCGCUCCACUGCCGGUUCACUCGGCAUUCGUGAUCAAAACGGCCUCCUCUACGUCGGCGACCGACUUGUCAUUCCGCACGUACUAGAGCUACGAGAAGCUAUUUUCCGGCUAGCCCAUGACUCACUUGGCCACUUCGGUUUUGACAAAUCGUAUGCCGCCAUUCAUGACGGCUACUACUGGCCCAACAUGCGUACCGAGCUCGAGCACAUGUACAUCCCGGCUUGCGAGGACUGCCAACACAACAAAUCCCUGACUCACAAGCCUCAUGGACCUCUCCACCCUCUUCCAGUACCGGAUCGCCACUGCAAUAGCAUAGCAAUCGACUUCAUCAGCCCACUCCCAGAGGAUGAGGGAUUCAACUGCCUCGCCACCAUCACUGACCGUCUUAAUUCGGACAUCCAAUUGAUCCCCACGUGCACCGACAUCUCCGCGGAGGCCUUCGCAGCCCAAUUCUUUAAUCGCUGGUACUGCAAAAAUGGCCUGCCCCUCGAUAUCAUCUCCGACUGCGACAAACUGUUCAUCAGCAAAUUCUGGAAGGCCCUUCACCGCCUUACUGGCGUACGACUGAAGAUGUCUUCCGCGUACCACCCCCAGACUGACGGUGCAUCCGAACGUUCGAACAAAACGGUCAUCCAAGCUCUGCGAUAUCAUGUUGCUCGCAAUUAA